CCCCUCGGUGAGGGCGAGCGGGUAACGGGAGCACCUGUGUGCGCGCAGGAAAUCCACGACUUGUUUAAAGAUUAUGAAAUCAAAUAUUGUUAUGUGGACAGGAAUAAAAGAACAGCUUUUGUCACCCUGUUGAACGGGGAGCAGGCCCAGAGCGCCAUCAGGAAGUUCCACCAGCACUCCCUGCGUGGCAAGGAGAUCUCAGUGCAGCUGCAGCCCACAGAUGCUCUGCUGUGCAUCACCAACCUGCCCCUUUCCCUCAGCAUAGAGGAGUUUGAGGAGCUGGUGCGUGCCUAUGGCAACGUGGAGAGAUGUUUCCUGGUGUACAGCGAGCUCACCGGCCACUCCAAGGGCUACGGCUUCGUGGAGUACAUGAAGAAGGACUCUGCUGCCAAGGCCAGGCUGGAGCUGCUGGGCAAGCAGCUGGAGGACAGCACUCUGUUUGCACAGUGGAUGGAUGUGAACCAGCUGACCACAAACCUCAUUCACUCCAAGUGCCUUUGUGUGGAGAAAUUACAAAAAGACUGUGCUGAUUCGAAGGAGCUGAUCCAGGCUUUCUCCCUCAAGUACAAACCUGUGUUCUGCCAGUUUGCCCAGGACGAGGAGGGCGGCAGCGGCGACUUCGCGGUGCUGGAGUACGAGAGCGCGGAGCAGGCGGAGAGCGUGCGCGCCGCCACGCACGGGCUCAGCCUCCGCGGCAGGAGGCUGCAGGUGUCCUUCUGUGCCCCCGGGGCCCCGGGCAGGAGCACCUUGGCAGCUCUGAUAGCUGCACAGAGGAUGAUGAGGAACAAUAGGAAAGGUUUGCUUCCAGAGCCAAAUCCAGUGCAGAUCAUGAAAAGUUUUAAUAAUCCAGCAAUGCUGCAGAUGCUGCUGCAGCCCCAGCUGCGUGGCCACGCUGUUAAACCUGUUCUUGGAGCAUCUGCAGGUUUACCUCACCUCAUCAAUUCAGCAGUUGGGCCUCCUUUUUUGCAGCUGAAUAAAGUUCAUCAGAGCUCAAUUCUGGGGAGCACCUCCAGCCUGCUGCUGCAGAGCCCUGCUCACCUGCCCCUGCCCCAGCAGCAGCUCCUGAAGAUGGAAAACAUGCAGGCAAACAGUAAACCAGGUUUGCUGGGAGAGCCUCCAACAAUGCUGCUGCAGACAGUGCUGGGCAUAGGGGUGAUGCCAGCAGUGAGCUCAGGCCUGGCAGCUCGAGGAGAAGCUCUCAAGUCCUGUCCCGCAGCUCCCAUGGCGGCGGCGGCGGCGGGGAUGGGCGUGCUGCCGUUCUUCCCGAGCCAGCCCCUGGCGGGAGCGGCCGUUCCGGGGCCCGGCGCUGCGGACAAAGGCGAGGCGGGCCCGGGGGCUCAGCCCUUCCCCGCGGCGCUGCGGGCCGGCAAGGCUGCGGGCCAGGGCCACGGCUGCGACUGCGGCCCGGGGACUCCCUUGAAAAAACAGACUUCUCUGCUUGGGGAACCCCCAAAAGAAAUUCGGCUGAGCACCAACCCCUACUUGAAUUUGGCAAGUGUUUUGCCUGGUAUCUGUCUGCCAGCAGCAAUUGCCAGCAAAGCCUCCAGUCCUCCACAGCAGACCAGCCUUCCCAACAAUGUCAUGGAUGCUGCUGUGUCUCAGGGAACUGCAUCACAACAUGCAAUGGAAAAUUAUUUCAGUUAUUCCCAGCAGCCUGGGGAAUACCCACAGGAGGCUGUCCAGCAGUGGUACCAGCAUUAUGCACAUCCCUCUACCCAGGCCAGAGGGGGUGGCUUGGAAAAUGGAGCUUCUGAGGAAUCUCCAGGUGGAUCUUUCCCAGACUACAGCAGCUGCCUGCAGGUGGUGCCUGCCUUUUUGGGUGGAGCCCAGGGAUCCCAGCUGGGCUUGCAGCCUCCUCCAGCCAAUCCCUUAAAGCAGGUGGCCCCGAAGCGCAGCUCCUCGUACCUCGUGCCCUCCCCCGAGCCCGGCCCCGCCGAGCUGGCGGCGCCCGCCGGAGCCGCGCGUUUCUCGGAAUCGUCGCUGAAGAAGAAGCGCGUGUACUGAUCCCCGCCCGGCCCCUCGGUAUUUAUUGCUGCCUUAACUUCGGACAAGGGAUUCUUCCUGCGCGGGGUGAGUGACCCAAGAGCAGCCGGCUCUGUCCGAGGACACCGAAGGUGGUGGCUGCUCCCGCCUGGAGAGGAGGGGACAGCGUUGGCUUUGUCACCUGAGGGACAGAGCACUGCCACCUGGGGAGCUGGGGCAGCUCCAGCUGAAAGCAAUAAAAACCCAGAGGAAAGAAAGCUGAUCCUUUCUCCAGUCCUCAGCCUGAGGAAGUUAAAAGAGGAAGUCUUGCUAGUAAUUAUUUUGUAUUUUUUUAACUCCGAACGUGGAGGGGUUUUUUUUCCCAACUUUUCCUUUUUCCAGGAUUAAGAGCUCUGCAUUUACAGCCUUUCAAUUUUUAAUAUUUCUUCUUAAUCCUGGAGUAGAGCGAUACCAAAAGGAUUCCCAGAGCCUCGGUGAUGUUCUCAAUAAAUACCUGUCCAAAGGGAGAUGCUGUCCUGAGCUGCCUUGGAAUAUUCCCUGGGAUUUGGAGAACUCAUCCUUGGACAGUGGAAUAACUUUGUUUUUAGGCUGAGAACCCACAGCUUUUCCAUGGAGGAAGUCAUUCCCAGAGUGAGGCAGCAUCACCCUUCCACAGGUGUGGGACAGCUCUUCCUGGGCUGCCCCACACUGUUUCCCACUUUUGAGUGUACUUUCCUUUUUUUUUUUUUUU